AGUUCUGCAUUUACUGACUCCUAAUUAGAGCGCCCGGAGGCUCACAUUUAUUAAGGAAGUCAAAGUUUGAUGGCUGUCAUUUCUUCAGCUGUUUAUAUCUCACAGAGAUAGAUAAAUGGAUAUUUUAACUUUACUUAGUAUAGUUUCUGCCGCCUUUACAGGUUUGACCCAAGGAGCUGGUGUGUUGCCAGAUGGUCCUUUGAUUGCAGCUGUGGGAGAAUCGGUUAUAUUUACUACAACACUGACUCCCCAAGAAAACCAAUUUAUAGUAGUGAACUGGAAAUUUGGGGCAACAAAUAUAUUCACUUUCAGUAAUGGUAACUUUACUGAACCAGAGUAUGAAGGCAGGAUCACCUUCUUCAUGUCUACUGGAUCUCUUGAGCUCAGGAAUCUGACUCUUAACGACAGUGGAGAAUACAGUGUGGGUAUUUUUCCUUCGGGAAAACCACCGCUGGCUGGGAGCACAAGACUGAACGUUGAUGCGCGUGUUGCCAAUGUUUUGGUUACUUUAAACACCACAGACUUGGUGGAGUUCAACAGCUCUGUCCGUCUGUCCUGCUCCUCCUCUGGAUCCUCUCUCUCUUUCCUCUGGCUGAACAGCAGCUCUGAGGUUACAGCCAGUGACAGAGUUCAGCUCACUGAUGGAGGCUCCACUCUCACCAUAGUUAACAUAACCCGCUACGACCAGGGACCGUUCAGGUGUCGUGUGUCCAAUCCUGUCAGUAAUGGCACCAGUAAUCCAAUAACCCUCUCCAUCAGCUAUGGCCCAGAAGAUAUUAAUUUGACAAUAUCUCCGUUACAAGAAUACCAUGUGGAAGGGUCGGACAUCACCCUGUCCUGCUCGGCUAACUCCAGACCUGCUGCCCAGUUUCACUGGUUUCUGAAUGGAGACCUGCUGUCUGAUACUGGACCAGAGCUCAGACUAAUGAACAUCCAGAUGGGACAGAGUGGGAACUACAGCUGUCAGGCCUUUAACAACAAAACUCUGAGAUAUGAAACAUCUCAGGCUGCAGCUGUCUCUGUACUGAAGAUAAUAUCCGGUGCGUUUGUCACACCAACCACAAACCUGACAAUUGAAGGGAUCUCUGUCAACUUAACCUGUGAUGCUGCUGGCUCUGUCUUUACCAGAAACUGGAUGAAGGAUGGCUCAGAUCUGACUCUGGCUGAAAACAUGAACCUUUAUGACAAGAGCAAAGUGCUGUCUUUUAACAGCCUGAAAACAACAGACAGUGGGGAAUAUUCCUGUAAAAUCAGCAACCCACUCAGCAACGAUGAAGCUAAAUACAGCAUGGCUGUGAUCUAUGGUCCAGAAAAUGUUCAAAUCAAAGGUCAAAGUGAGAUACAUUUGGGAGAGUCCUUCACAUUAACCUGCUCUGCUGAUUCCACACCACCUGCUACCUACAUCUGGAAACUGAAUGGGACAGAGAUACACAAUUCUGCUAAGUUCACUAAGGACAACGCUGAACUCUCUGACAGCGGAAACUAUACCUGUCAAGUGAUGAAUAGUAUAACUGAGAGAACAUCGAUUGCAGUCCAUGGAUUGUCUGUAACAGCUAACCCAGUCAAACCAUCAGGCUGUUCGGGUGGUUGCAUCGCUGGAAUAGUAAUUGCAGUUUUAGUGGUCUGUGGAGCUGUUGCUGGUGGAGGGUACUGCAUGUAUAAAAAAAAAAAAUUGAUGAAAAAUCUCUCUAAUAAAAACACUGCUACCAGAACGGGAGGUGAAGGCCAGGAAAACUCUGCAUACUCAGCAAGUCAGGAGUUGAACUAUGCAGAUAUCAGUUUCGAAAACAAAGAUGGCGGGAGAGUCCAGCUGGGGUUACAGAAUAACCCAUCGGAAUACGCUCAGGUCAAAGUGAACAACAAUCCUCCGGCAGCAUCCUCCCCUCCUACCUAUGAUGCCCACCUGGAGCGAACAAAGAGGCCAGCUCCUUUGCCUGAUGACAAUCCCGCACAAGUCUACGCUCAAGUUCGCAAGAACUGACCACACUGCACAGGAUGGAUCAUCUGGUGAGGUUGAACUGGAGAAGCAGCUGACGUGUGGUUAGAGAAACCUGCACUUUCCUCUCAGUUCCCUUGACAGAGGAGUAAAUUAUGUCAAAGCACUUUAGCUGUGGUUAAUAAAUAACCAGGUAUUGAUAUGACUGAGG